UUCAUGUUGUUUUUACUGUAACUUAAAAACUAUUAGCAGCUACUGCUGGAGCAGUGCUGACGCAUGACUUUUGGUCACAUUUAAUCCAAAUUUUAUUUGGUGGUAUACCUUUCUCAAUCAGUCAGUUUUGUCUUACUAAUUUCCUUUUUUUGGAACCAUUGUAACUCUGAUGCUUUUGUACUUGAGACUUAAAACCGUGACCAUCAGACCACAAUACAGGCAACAAUGAGGGUCACAGCAGCCGUACUCUGGACAGCAGCCGUGUUGGUGGGACUUCAGAAGAGCGCUUCAUCACCUGACAACUUUGUAGACCGAUCAUCCCAAAACCUCUCCUCUGUCCCAACUGACCUGCCACAGACGACUGAGUUUUUAGACCUCUCUCGCAACUACAUACAUCAGCUUCACAAUGGAGACUUUGAAAAGACCACUCACCUUAGGUUCCUGAAUGUGUCAUGGAACGGUUUGGAGGAGAUCGAUCCACAGACUUUUCUUGACACGCCUCUCCUGGAACAUCUGGACUUGUCGCACAACAAUCUCAAGAACCUCUCAGGUCAACAAUACCUGCUACACACAGUGAACCUCCUGAUGCUAAACUUGGCCUUUAACAGAUUUCUUACCAUGACAUUGGGGAGUGAGUUCAGCUCUCUUGUAAAACUGGAGAGAUUAAAAGUUGGAGCAAAAAACAUCAGUGUGGGUGACUUCAAGAACAUUGCUAAGGUGAAACUACGCACAUUGACGUUAUUACUAGAGGAUGGACUUUAUUAUGAAGCAGGCAGCCUGGAGGAUGUUCAUGCUCAAAGGCUGCAGAUAGCCUUUGGACAUAAUCAGAAAAUUGACCGUAAUCUGACUGCUGAUGCUCUGUCCCUGUUUGCUGAAGUGGAGAUGAUGAAUAUGAAAGAUGGCUACAGAGACCUAAGUAAGCAGCUAAGAGAGACAGUGAAAAUCCACACAACGAGUUUUUAUCUCACCAACAUAACAAUUAAAUGGCAGGACUUAACUGAAUAUGUAAAUGUGGCUCUAAAUACAACUUUGAAACAUCUUGAUGCCUCUGAUGUGCGCAUAAUGGAGCCUCCUCGAAAGGAAACAGAAGUGAUCAAAACAUCACAGGUGAUUUCUUUCACAGCCAGACAGGCAGUGGUAACAAGUUUUUUCUUCUCACAGGAGGCUUUAUACAACUUUUUCAUCAGCAUGCCAGUGGAGAGUGUUGCGAUUACUGACACGCCAAUAAUACACAUGACCUGUCCCAAGUCACAGAGUCCAAUACGCCAGCUAGAUUUUUCUAAUUGUGCUAUGUCUGACACCAUCUUCUCAAGUGUGGUGGAUGAUAAAUUUGUAGAAUGUCAGAACCUGCGUAACCUGAAGAACUUGACUCUGGUAGGCAACAGUCUUAAAAAACUUGAGAUACUGAGCAAACGUUUUCAAUAUAUGUCAUCCCUGCAACAUCUGGACCUCAGCGUCAACUCCAUAGGGUAUGACCACUCAUUAGAGUGCAUCUGGCCAGCAAGCAUCACCAAUAUAAAUCUGUCUUCUAAUAGUUUGACUGACUCGGUUUUUCAAUGUCUACCAAAUGGGACACAGAUACUGGACCUCCAGAACAACCAGAUUUCUGUGGUUCCGCAAUCCAUCUUCAAACUGAGGAACCUUUCAUCUCUGAAUCUAAAUGCUAACCGGCUGCGGGACCUGCCGCUGUGUCACACUUUCCCCAAACUCCACAAGCUUCUGCUCAGGUCAAAUUCUCUCCAUGCCCCAUCUGUGAACAUAUUGGAAAGCUGUCCCGAACUGCGUACCCUAGAUGUCAGUUUUAACCCCUUCACCUGUAUCUGCACUCUCAGAAGUUUCAUAAAGCUCGCUAUCAAUUCUGAAAAGAACAACAGCCAAUCAGGAAUUGAGCUGCUGAAUUGGCCACAGGGCUAUUACUGCACAUACCCCGAGGACGUUAGAAACUCAACUUUAAGAGACAUCUCGAUCCCAGAGGUUUCCUGCAGCAUUGGCCUUCUAGUGGUCGCAAUUUUGGUCCCAGCAGGGACACUGAUUAUUUCAGUUGUGAUUUUGUGUCACUGUUUGGAUGUCCCCUGGUACAUGGGCAUGAUCUGGCAGUGGACAAGAGCCAAACAUCGUGCAAGAAUGCAACAAGCUCGGUCCGAAGAUCUGGUGGGCCUGGAGUUCCACGCGUUUGUGUCUUACAGCCAGCACGAUGCUGACUGGGUGCGCAAUUCCUUCUUCCCAACCUCAAGCCCCGCAGGAGGGCUUAGAAUCUGUCAUCACGAGAAACAUUUUGUGCCGGGAAAGACGAUCAUUGAGAACAUCAUCAGCUGUGUGGAGAAAUGCAGGCGCUCUGUGUUUGUCCUCUCUGCUCACUUUGUCAAGAGCGAGUGGUGUCAUUACGAGCUCUACUUCGCCACCCACCAACGUCUCACUCUGGGCUCAGACAGCAUUGUGCUGGUACUGCUUGAGCCUCUGCCUCAAUACCUAAUCCCAUCCAAGUACUACCAGCUGAAGUCCAUGAUGAACCGCCACACAUAUCUGGAGUGGCCUCAAGACAGGGCAAAACAAAGGUUAUUCUGGGCUAACCUCAGAGCUGCCCUACAGACUGACCUGCCAAAUGCUCCAGUCACACAAGUACAGGAGCAUUUGGCAGAGGAAAGACUUGAAGAGGAACAGAGGUUAAUAGGGUAAAAAGAGGCAACAAAAGCAUUUGGAUACACUAGAAAUACAUCGUAGCUACCCUGAAUCUUUAAAGACAUGGUCACCUAAUACCCAUCUAUUCCAUCUAUUCCUCUUAUCCAAUUCAGGUUUACCCUAUAUCCCAGCUGAAAUAGGGUGAGACGCAGGGUACAGGUCACCAGCCUGUCACAGGACUAACACAUAGAGAUAGACAGUCAUUCGUACUCACAAACACAAUUUAGAUUCACCAUUUAACCCCAAUAACUGCCUGUCUUUAGACUGUGAGAGGAAGCUGGAAUACCCAGAGAGAACCUAUGCAGACACAGGUAGAAAAAGUAAGCACCACACAGGAAGGCCCCAGUCAGAUGGUCGAUUUGAACACAGAACCUUUCUGUGAGGCAACAGUGUUCACCACCAUGCCACUCUUACAGGUAGCAUGAAUUAAAAGAAGAAAUAAUAAUAUAUAAAAUGCUAGGGUUUUUUUUAGUCAAUGAAGCUCUGACAUGAUAUACAUAAAUUAUGAAAUGUUGAUUGUUGAUUGAUUGAUUUGCUAUUUUAUUAGCAGCAAGUUGACUGCCAAUUGGAAAGCUGGUGGUUCGAUGCUUGGCUGUCAAUUUGUGCUUGUUUGGAUUCAAUAAAUCAUUGCCAAUAAAUCAUGCCAAAGUAUCAUUCUGCAAGAUACUGAACCGCAAUGCAUUCACUGGAGUGUGAGUGAAUGUUAGAUUAUAUGGAUGUGUGCAUGUGUUGUACUAAGUGCUUUGAGUGCUCAAGCACAGUAGAAAAUUGCUAUAUAAAAACAGUUCAUUUAAAUACUGGUACGUUGUAACUGAUAUCAUUUUUUAAAUAAUGCACUCAGUAUAUUAUUCUCUAGAAUGUUCUUUAUUAGUAAAUAUAUGUUACACAAUGAGAAGGAAUUCAGCCGGGUCUAAUGAGGUUAGGACAUAAGCUGAGUCUGUAUAUGUUGUAUAUGUUGAUAAAAUCAUCUGUUGAUUUGUGCUGAUUUGGAUUCAACAAAUCAGUAUUGAAAUUGCCAUAGAUAAACAUUACUUUGGGGGGUGUUUUUGGUAAAAUUUUAUUCCAGGUCUUUCUUCCAACUAUUAAAUGCAACUAUACUAGAGCCUGUUGUUCUACAAAUUACAAUAACAUUUUUCUUUUUUCAUAUAAGAAUUUCAGUUGUGACACAUUUCAAAUGAUAUAGCUAUUGUAUUAAAAUAUGUGCAAAGUGA